AUCUGGAAUUCCCGACUUUCGAACUCCACCCCCAUUCCCCCCCCCCGCUGACUUUGUCGCAGCACCUCGCAGCACUUGCAUCUAAAUCGUCUAAUGGGACUCCUUCUUUUGGCUUUCCAUACAAAAUCAAUCCCCAUCUCCAUCCCCAAAAAAACUAGCCGUAGUAGCUGGGCUAUGUAUUAGUUUCUGUUCCUUCUGAAUAGUUUCUCUCAUGAUAUGGGGGGAUAAUUGAUGGUGUUUUCCUUUUUUACUUAUUCCUCAUACUUCCGCCUCUCUUUUUUUUCUCUCUCAUUUCAUUUCUUCUCUUCUAACGAGCCGACCUUCAUUCGGAUUACUGUCGUUUUCUCGUCGUCAAAGAAGUGCGCGCGCUCGCUAUUAUAUUAUCAUCUUCGGUAUCCUUGGCCAUACCGCUUUUCUUUCAUUUCCAACCUACUUUUAACUGUUGACCGUUGACCGCCUCGUUUUCUGCCGACGUGCUAUGCGCAUCGGCAACGCCUUCUCUUCUCGAUGUACCACCUCCAACGUAUAACCAUCGUCGCGCUAGUGCUUGCCAUCGUUAUCGUGCUUGUCACCAGACUACCUCGAUUCCUCGAUCCCGUUCCGCCCAACAAGGAAAAGCAAGAAGCUGACCGGCAGUGGAUCAACACAUCUCCGUACUGGCUCGAUCGUCAAGCUUGCCGCUGGUUUAGUCUUUGUGGUCUGCUGCACCUCAGGAACGAUCCCCCAGCGAAACCGAAGCACAAAGACGAUGGACACGGACAUGAACUGAGGCACCUUCUUAGAGAAGAAGAGGUUUCCAUUUCGAAAGAGGAGGGUAGCAGGAAAAAAGGACAGCUAAAAGGGAUACCGGACUACGUGCUGAACUACGCACCGCUGGUUCACCUGUAUUCGGAGGAAUUCUUUUGGCCUUCGGAUAUCGCCGAUCAUAUCCAACAUAUGGUGCCCGACCUUGAAGAAGACAAAUGGACGUUCAACGAGUCGCAGCCUCUCACUUUAGCGAAUUUAAACGAGCUGAGCUCCGAGCUGGGAUUUCAACAUCUUAACAGCAAAGAUGACGUAGAGUCGCGUCCGCGCUGGCUUCAUAGCAAGAUGAACCGACCGAUCGCUUUUAGCGACGAGGAUAGCGACAAAGAGCACGACGACGAUUCGGAGCCUGGUAGUUUGUUUAGUGACGAUACGACAUGGUUCGAUGUUGACCGGGAUCACCCUCUACACCGAAUCUCGGACCCACGAAAACUUCCCGCCGGCAGACCCCGGUCGCGACGGCUGGCAAGACGUUCCCUUGGUUAUCCCCAACAACAGCCACUCGUGUCCCCAGAAGAAGCAGCACGGAACGCGCAAAAUAAGCCCAACGAGUCGGGGUACUCUCGCGCGCCAGCUACUCUCGUUUUAGUAGACAAAGGAUCCGGCAUCGUGGAUGCCUUCUGGUUUUUCUUUUACGCCUACAAUCUCGGCCAGACGGUCUUGGGUACUCGAUACGGGAACCAUGUCGGCGAUUGGGAGCAUUGCAUGAUCCGCUUCGAGUCCGGCGUUCCUCGCGCCGUCUUUUUUAGCGAGCACGAAGGCGGCCAAGCGUACGCCUGGCACGCCGUCGAGAAGCGAGGAAACGAGAGCGAAAUCCAACGACCAGUCAUAUAUAGCGCCGUCGGGUCGCACGCUAUGUAUGCGACGCCUGGAAACCACCCAUACGUCUUACCCUUCGGGAUGCUCAAAGACAUCACGGAUAAAGGACCUCUAUGGGACCCGGCUAAGAACCUGAGGGGCUAUUGGUACGAUUAUACUGCUACUAAGGACAACGAAGGACUGGAGCCUGUGAGGGAAAACGCCGACGAGCCGACGAGCUGGUUCCAUUACAAAGGGACUUGGGGCGAUAAGUUGUAUGGUCUCAACGAUAGGCGGCAGUGGCGACUGUUCGGCCAGUACCACUACGUGACGGGCCCCCAAGGACCGAAAUUCAAGAAUCUCGGCAGGGAAAAGGUAUGCCAGACGUGGAGGUGUCGGAUUAUACAUAGCAUUGCGGAGGGAAAGAAGGGAAGUUGGCAUUCGUGAAAAGGGUAUUAUACCAUAGAGGGUGGGGGGAAACAAGGUAUAUAUUAUCAGGCGUUUUACCGGCUUUAGAUACCCCAGCGGUAGUUGGGCAUUCAUUUUUUUAUGCUUGCUUUUACAAUAUAACGAAUUACUUAGAUACCAGGUACCUAACCUAACGUAACCGAAGUUUCAUAUGCAAACGAGAUCCCGAUUACCUGGUGUGUGGAAACGAGACUUGGCUUCCGGAUUGUAGUGCUAGGUACCUACCUUGUAUGUAGGAUGGUUGCAUAGGCACGAUAG